GAACCAGGUGGAAGGUAGGAAGCAGGAGUAUUACAUGACCUAAUAUCAAACUAUUCAGCCUUCUUUAUUUGGGGGUUUUUAUUUUAGCAGCCAGAGGAGGGGCAGAACACUCCUGUGAGCCUGGGGUUUGAGCUCUUGUGGUCAGGAGCCACAAGCUGAAUCAAGAUGACGACGGCCACGCCACUGAGCAACAACACCCAGCUCUCAGGGAACGUGACCACAAAGUCUCAAGAACAAAGUCUCUACCAAAGUUCUGGAGCAAUAGUUGCUGCCAUCGUGGUAGGGGUGAUCAUCAUUUUUACAGUGGUUCUGCUCACCUUGAAAACAUACAACAGGCGCAUGCGGGUGAGGCGGGAGCUGGAACCCAAACCCCCCAAGGCAGCGAUGCCACCUCCUCUGGGGCACAACAGCCUGUGCCAGCCCCCCACGGUGACCUUCAUCCCUGUGGACAUCCACCUGCACGACAGGUAACCGGGAACACUCGUCCUCCCCGCAGCAAGAGGUGGAACUGUCGCUCACACGGACCUGGGGCUCCUCAGCAAAGCUUUUGGAACAACAACAGGCUGUUGUUUUGCCUUUGGAUUGUAAUUAAUCCUGAUUUCUCUCUUUGAGAGGAAAAAUGAGAGGUCUGGACACUCUUCCUGUGGCUGAAAUCAGCUGGUGGAGGCACAGGAAUCAUCAGAGCCCGGGGUGUGGGGAGAGCGGAUGAAGUGAGAAGGCGCCAGCUCAGAUUUUGUGGAGCUUUUGCUGGCUCAGAGUUGAACUUUCUCUGCCCUGCUGGUAAACAGGAAGAGAAAUCUGGACGUGCCACAACUCAGGUGGGACCUGGGUUUGUUGUGAAUUACAUGGCACAGGUUUGUGGUGUGUUUUACACACGAUGGAUGGCACAGGAAGCAUCAGAAUUGUAUUUAUCGUUACCCACCUGUCGUGUUUCUAAGCCCACAUGUGUAUGGGUUGAGAUAAAAGGGUACUUUUUAUUUGCAAG